CUACACACGCCGCUACUCGGGCUGUUGUCACCGUGGCGACUGCGGUUGCUGCUCGAAUAGCCAGCAAUGCAGCGCUGAGUCGGGGCCCGCAGUGGAGAAUGUGGAUUUCGGGACGGACAUGGACCGCUACGAGCUCAGCGGCCUGCCGAUCACCGCGCCGAAGAGCGCCGACGCGCUCCCGCUCGAAUGGAUGGUGUCGAACGCCGAGCUGUGGGUGGAUGUGACGACUGUGUCACCGCCCGCCUCGCCGCCGCCGCUGUACUUGACGCUCUACACCGACGACGAGGGCGACGGGGGGGGGGACAUCGGGAUCCCGCUGCUGGCGGUUGGCUACACCUUGCUCGGCCUGACCGGCCUGCUGCUCUGCGCCACCCUCGCGUGUGGUCGGUUGUGCUACGAGGAGGGGCCGAAGGCGGAUGGCAGGGCCGCGCAAGAAAUGGCGACGGCCGGAUACCCCGCGGUGUCACAGGGGUACCCUCAGGCGCAGGCCUACCAGGCGCAGCCCUAUCCUCAGGCGCAGGCAUAUCCUUCCUACCCUGGAUAUCCCCAGGCGCAGGCGAGUCAGUACGCCACGUACGAGCCCCGCUUCCGCCAGGCACAAAACAUCUGAGAGAACCAUGGGCCGGCACCGGCACCAGCUCCGGUGUCAGUUUUGCGAGAGAGUUGUUGGGCAGGGUUCCGAUCUCCAUGGACGAUUGAGGCGACGAGUUGGGAUACGAGCGGUGGGCGAGGAGGGCCGUGAUAAGACACAUUGAGCAUUUUAGGGCCCAGUUAAUACGGUACAGCUGGUUUGGAUCGCUGGUCGAGAGAGAUCUAGGUUGUGAGAGAUGUGCAUCACGACUGAGUAAGGGGUACCGUGAGAAGAAAGAAAGAAAAC